CGAAAGUAGAAACUCAAAGGAAUCCAAGAUUAUCGAGAAACAGAAAGGGAUGUAAAAGUCAGUUAAUAGUAAAUGCGUAAUUUUAUUUAGUUUUAAAGAAAGUAUACUAGACAUAAUUUGUGUUUUCCUAUGACAAAUAGUCGAAUAAAGUGUUGAGAUGCACAGAGUGUAUAUAAACAGCUAACAGGCAUGCAGAAAAUGCACAUCAAUUAUGAAGUACAUUAAUGACAAGAAAGAAAUUAUAUACAACAUCCUGAGGCUGUUGAUACUUCUUCACUUUUGUGGAGUAAGUGACAGUCAAGGAUGUCAACAUGUUCCAAAGGUUGUGGCCAGCUGUCCCAAGUCUGCUUAUGAUUGGACGAUGCAUGCAAAGAUAAUAUGUACAGAGUCGAACAACUAUCACUGCCUAAUAACAGAACACCAUCGUGAUGACAAACAACAUAUCAUUGAAUGCUGCAUGAAGCCUCAAAACAUCACAAGGGGACAUAUGCCAAGGUAUAAUUUAAACAAGAAAGAUUUACAGGAGAUAGAAUGCCAAGAAAACUAUUACAUGCCAACACAGUUCCCAUCUAAUAGAUACAGAGACCAUGAUGUUCAGCACUGCAAAUAUAUGAAAUCAAAUUGUAAUAUGGAAGGAAUGAAAAUCUGUAAUCACGGAAGUACAACAACUGAUAGAUCGUGUUACUGUGAUUAUAAGGAAUUAUAUUUACCAGAGUUGCCCUUAGAUCCUGGCGAACACUGCUUUUCACUGAAAGAUAAUUUAUGUAGUCUUAGAAAUGACUGUGAUAGAACUUAUCAAGAACUAGAUAUGAUGUACCAGUGUGUCAAUAAAUGUAGAAAUGGUUACUAUAGACCUGAAAAUGAAUUGAUAUGCAGACCUAUCUCCAUAAGCCCAACAAUUACUGAUAAAGUAACAGUUGAGGUAUCUGUUCCUGACAGCAAACCAACAAAAGUUCCAAGGUUGACAACAACAAGAAGGGAUGAAAUGAUCAAACCAAAAAUGGAAAAUGAAGUAUAUUGA